AUUCGAUCAUCUCCCCGAGAAGCUAAAAAUAAGAGGCGAUCUGGAAAGAAUUCACAGGAAGAUAGUGAGGACUCAGAAGACAAAGAUGUGAAGACCAAGAAGGAUGAUUCUCACUCAGCAGAGGAUAGUGAAGAUGAAAAAGAAGAUCAUAAAAAUGUGCGCCAACAACGGCAGGCGGCAUCUAAAGCAGCUUCUAAACAGAGAGAGAUGCUCAUGGAAGAUGUGGGCAGUGAGGAAGAACAAGAAGAGGAGGAUGAGGCACCAUUCCAGGAGAAAGAUUCCGGCAGCGAUGAAGAUUUCCUAAUGGAAGAUGAUGACGAUAGUGACUAUGGCAGUUCGAAAAAGAAAAACAAAAAGAUGGUUAAGAAGUCCAAACCUGAAAGAAAAGAAAAGAAAAUGCCCAAACCCAGACUAAAGGCUACAGUGACGCCAAGUCCAGUGAAAGGCAAAGGGAAAGUGGGUCGCCCCACAGCUUCAAAGGCAUCAAAGGAAAAGACUCCUUCUCCCAAAGAAGAAGAUGAGGAACCGGAAAGCCCGCCAGAAAAG